AUGUCUGCAAAUAUUGAUAAGGAUUCUAAUGGAGUUGAAAACGGAAUUAACGGCAGCAAUUCAACAUCAGAAAAUGGUCACAAAGAGGAGCAACCUUUUGGCCGUCCUGAAUGGGAAUUGUUACAAAAACGUUUGGCAGUCUUAUACGACAAUGUGAGAGCUUAUCAUACAAAUUUACAACAAUUAUUGGCUGAUGCAAAGCAAGCGAAGGGAAAUCGAUGA